AUGCUGUGUGAGAAAUGUAACGAAAAAAAUGUUUGUAUGAUGAGACCAUCUAAUAAAGAAAAAUUAUGCAAAGAAUGUUUUAUAGAAAGCUUUGAAGAAGAUGUUCAUGAUACAAUUUUAAAGAAAAGAAUGUUUGAAGAUAAUGAUAAAAUUUGUAUAGCCGUUUCAGGCGGAAAAGAUUCAAGUGUACUUGCUCAUGUACUUGUUAACUUAAAAAAAAAAUAUAAUUACAAUUGGGAAUUAUUUUUACUUGCCAUUGAUGAAGGGAUUAAAGGUUAUCGUGACGAUUCUUUAAAAGUUGUUUAUAAAUUAGAAAAAUUAUAUAAUUUACCAUUAAAAAUAUUGAAAUUUGAAAAUCUUUUUUCGUAUACAAUGGAUGAUGUUGUAAAAUUUAUAGGAAAAAAAAAUAAUUGUACAGUCUGUGGAGUCUUCAGAAGACAAUCAUUCGAAAAAGGAGCCUUAUUAUUUAAUGCAACAAAACUUGUUACAGGACAUAAUGCUGAUGAUUUGGCGGAAACCAUUUUAAUGAACAUGUGCAGAGGUGAUAUUGACAAGCUAGCGAAAAAUAUAAAUGAUCUGAGUAAUGCAGAUCAUAUGAACAAAAAAUAUAAUUGUACAGGUGAUAGCCAAAAUGGAAUAAAAAAUUUAGAAAAUGUACAAAAUGGACCUGAACAAGUAAGGCAAAAAAAAUAUAAAAAUUAUGAGAAUGUUGAUAAUAAUGAUAAUAAUGAUAAUAAUGAUAAUUAUGAUAAUAAUGAUAAUUAUGAUGAUAUUAUAUUAAAUGAUAUUAUGAGUGAGAGGUUAAAUGAAAAAUGUAGUUGUAUAAAUAAUAAUUUGAAUAAUGAUGGGGGAAAGAAAAAUAAGGAAAUGCAGAAAUGUGAACAAGAUUACGAGGAAAAAUAUAAUAAUGAUAAUAAUAAUAAUAAUGAUAAUAAUAAUGAUAAUAAUAAUGAUAAUAAUAAUGAUAAUAAUAAUAAUAAUAAUAAUGAUAAUAAUAAUAAUAAUAAUAAUAAUAAUAGUAAUAAUAAUAAUAAUAAUAAUUCUUUUUUUUUACCAAGAUUAAAGCCUUUAAUGUGGUGUUAUGAAAAAGAAAUUGUUUUGUAUGCCUUUCAUUUAAAAUUAGAUUAUUUCAGUACAGAAUGUACUUAUUCUCCGAAUUCAUUUCGUGGGAAUUUGAGAUGUUUUAUCAAAGACAUUGAAUUGAUUAAUGCACAGUUUAUUUUAAACAUUAUUCAUUCAGCUGAAUUUUUUUAUUUUAAUUCUAUAAAUCAAAAAACGUUAAAUGUAUGUAUAAAAUGUGGUGCGUAUACUUCGAAUAAGAUAUGUAAAGCUUGUUUAAUAAUUGAUGGUUUAAAUAAUUAUACGGAUAAUUCUUUUCUAUACUCUAAUAAAAAAAAAGCCAAGAAAAAAAUAUCUAUACAUUUUGAUAAUAAGAAAGUUGAAGGAUAA